AUGCGGGAUGAGUCCGACAAGGAAGGUGGUCCAGCUGAUGCACCAGCAUUGGCGCAUGACAGGUCCAACGAUGCUUCUGAAAGGCUGCUCCAUUUUGAUGGAGUGCGGACGGUGUUCGCCUUGUGGAUCGUGUUCCACCACAUGGCGCCGAGACAGCCUUCGUUGUUGGACAAGAUGCUGGUACGAGUCGAUGUGUGUGUGGAGUUUUUUGUGCUACUUUCUGGUUUCAUGACGCACUACGCAUACCACAGCAAGGACAUAGAAUCAUCUUUUGGGUCGCUGGCGGCGUUCUUUGUUCGCCGCUGCUUCCGUUGCCUGCUGGCCAGCUACCUGGGGAUGGUGCUCUGCACCGUGACCUUGUGGCUGGGUGGCUUUGAGGUUUGGUCCUUCAACACAUUGAGCUGUUUUCUCCUCAUCAAGACAUGGAUCGACCCGGAGCCCAACUGCCCGAACAUGCCGUCGUGGUUUCUGGUAUCUAUGCUCCCUUCGUGGCUGCUAUACCCGAUGUUCAGACCGAUGUUGGGGUGGAACCGGUCCAUGGGCGGGCAUGUUUGCUUGGCUGUCACCGCGUGGUGUUUUGCCAUCGUACCGCAGCUCUGCCUGAUGCUUUCUCGCGGAGCCUGGCUGGAAUGGACGGAAUUUACCUUCACUUGGUUUUGGCCGCCAGCUCUCUUGCCAGAUUUCAUGUUAGGCGCAUGCGUGGCAGCACUGGUACUUAGAAAGCCUCCGUGUGCAGCUGUCGGAUGGAUUGGGGAUUUGUCAAUGUUGAGCCUCCUCCUGACGUGCACGCUGGUGCCGGUCCCAGAAAGACCACCCGACUGGGGUGGUCCAUCGCAAUGGAGGCCGGGACACUACAUCGCUUGGGAGCAGCUGUCUGCUCGACUUUCCGCGCCGUUCUUGUGCACCUUCAUCUACUAUACUUCCAAUGGAAACUCGCUGUUGGCUCGCAUCCUUUCGCAGAAGAUCCUGGUCAGGCUGGGCCGGUACACUUUGGAGGUCUACUUGCUGCAGACGGCUGUGCAUGACCUCUUUCUUUGGAUUCGGGCACCUGGUGCAGGAGGUCUUUGGCCUGGUCUGCCGUGGACACCGCAGGUCUUCCUGCUUUACCUGUGUGUCCUCUGGCUACUCUGCGCUGCUUUUGCUGAGACUGUUGCAGAACCGCUCACGAGCAAAGUGAAGACUUUCAGCGCUCACUGGGUCGGGAGAACUUUGUCGCAAUGUUGUGAGGAACGCAGACAGCAGUAUCAGCAAGUAGAUCCCGGCUGUGGUUGA